GUCGUUCUGUGCUCGCUCGUACGAAUAACCUAUAAAUUGUCGGGAAAACCUGUUUUUUAGCGAAAAGUUGUUUUUUAGCGCGUGACGUGCGGACGUUUGUGAGUAAGCAACGCAGAAUUAAAGUCUUUUUUACAAAACUACAAACAAAUCAGACCUGUAUUAAUUUUAAUAAACAAGAUAAAACUGCUCUUACGUUUGAUAUAUUUUUGUUUACACAAAUACAAAAAUGAAGUUUCUUUUUGCUGAUGGGCAAUCAGCUAAUUGGUAUUUUAAAUAUGUAGGCUUACCUUUAUCAGUAGGAAUGGCCAUUUAUACUUUAUUUUCUAAAUUAGCCGAUAAAAGAAGACGUGCAGCGUUAAGGGGAAAGGUGGUUGUUAUUACUGGUGCAAGCUCUGGUAUAGGAGAGGCAUUGGCACAUGCCUUUUAUGAUCAAGGAAGUAAAGUAGUAUUGGCAGCUCGACGCAAAACUGAGCUUGAAAGGGUUAAGGGCGACCUGCAGUCUAAGAAAUUGGCUGUUCCUACCCUAGAGCCUGUAUGCAUUGAACUGGAUCUUGGCGAUCUUGAUCAUAUUGAGGACUUCAGUAAAAAGGUGUACAAUGCAUGUGGUACUGUUGAUAUUUUGAUAAACAAUGGAGGAAUAUCCUACCGUGGAAACAUAUUACAUUCAAAAAUGGAUGUGUACCAACAAAUUAUGAAUGUUAACUAUUUUGGAUCUGUAGCACUAACUAAAGCUGUGCUACCCAAAAUGGUGGAAAACAGGAGCGGACAUAUCGUCUUUAUAAGUUCAAUACAGGGACUUAUUGCUAUUCCUGACCGAGCAGCAUAUGCAGCAACUAAACAUGCCAUCCAAGCAUUUGGAGACUCCCUGCGUGCCGAAAUGUACCAGCAUAACGUAAAUGUUACAAUGGUCAGCCCCGGCUACAUUAUAACUGCUGUGUCAUUGAAUGCUUUGACUUCCAGUGGGGAAAAACAUGGAGUUAUGGAUGCCGCCACUGCAAGUGGGCUUACUCCACAGUACACUGCUGAGAAGAUUUUGGAUUCAGUGGUGAAAAAAGAAAACGACCUUGUUGUUAGUCAAUUUGUACCUAAAUUUGCUGUUUUCAUUAGACAUUUUGCUCCCUCUAUUUAUCAUUAUUUGAUGGCAAAAAGGGCAGAGCCUACUAAAUUGACUGUAAAGUAGGCGUGGCUUACAAAUAUUUUACGAGAGGACUGAUUAAUAAUGACUAGAUUUAGAAGUUUCAUUCAAAGAAUAAGAUUGAUGAUGCAAUUUUAAUGUCCUUCAACAUUGAUCAAUAUUAUUCUGCAGAUACAAUUAUAUGAAAGACAUUUAUUAUUAUACAUUAUUUAUUAAUUAAAAAAACAAUACUUAUUCAAGAUGGAAAGUCGUGAUAACUCUUUCUGUCGUAAAUAAGUGUAAGAGAUAACUAACGGUAGCUAAGUGCCUAGACCAAGUUACAAACGUGACAGUUGUAAUUUUGUUAGAAGAAGGGUAACUGCGCUCUCGAAUCGAUUUCGAUAUUAACCGAAAGUUACUUGUCUGGGCCCCCUGAAAUUGUACGAUACCUAGGUGUACCUACUUUAUUUCUUUCGUCAAGAAAAUGAAAAUGACAUACAACGUAUUAACAGCGCGCGCGCAAUAGGCUAGAGGACAAAUUUCAAUUAUUUGUCCGUCAGACAGAUAAUUAGAAAAUAUUAGACUCAUAUUUUUUAUUUUCUUUCAUAAUUCAAUAAUAACAGUGCUACAUCGAGUUGAAAUAGCGCGAUACGUCACGCUUGAGUAGAAUUUUUACUCAUUGAAACUGCAUUCAAAGAUUUCCAAAAAUUAGCUUGCUACACCCGGGAAUCGAACCAACUAAAAAAUGUUAAAAUUACACCUGUAUUUUUAUUGCAUCGAUCGUUAGGGUUAAGUAUAAUGAUGAAAUCUCUCAAACAAACUUGAUAAUUUAAAUGAAAGGAAAACCAAGAAAUCUGACAUUAUUGUAAUUAUUUACAGAAAAUAUUAUUAUGGUAUGGUGGGAAAUUUUCGAAAAAAAAUCAAAAAUCUUUGAAUGCAGUUCUCUUUCUUUAAAAAAAUAAAGGAAUGUUUUCUUUGAGUAAAAUUUUCUAUCUUCAAUAUUAAGGGUACUUUCCCUCCAGGUGGAAUUGAAAAAUUCCACCCUGUAUUAUGGACAUACUUAUGAGUUGUUGUUUGAUAAUGUAUUACGUACUUUUUUUUAAGUUCGUUCUUGGGCCAAAGGGCAGUUAUAUCCUCUAGAUCAGCGGUUCCCAAACUUAUUUGGUCUACUGCCCACUGAGAAUACAUUCUUUUUUAGCGCCCACAUUUUUGUGGUCAAGAGUCGAGUGCUCAGUCGGUGUCUAAGAGUCCUCCUAGUCAGUGUUGCCAGAAGGUUACUUUUGUAACCUUUUAGGUUACUUUUGAACUGCUGUGGUUACUUUUAGGUUACACUAAUGAAAAGGUUACUUUUAGGUGAUUUUUCAGAAAUUGUAGAAUUAACUUUACAGGUUAUUCAGUAAAAAAUAUUAAUAGUGACAAUUUAAAAAUUAUGUCAUAAAGUGCAUUUAAACUUGAAUUUGAUUUAUUAUUUGUUAAAAAAAAUGAGUUUUAGCGAAUGUUUUUCGAUAAUAAAACGCAAAUCCAUGAAACGUUUUUAUCAAUUGUAUUCAUUUCAUUUUCCAUCCAUGAACAACCUUACACAAUCAUCGCUCCGCACCCCCCCCCCCCGUAUGAAGGUUACUUUUUAUUCAAAAAGGUUACUUUUUUUUUAUAUUUCUGGUAAUUUCUGACUAGACCCGACUGGCAACACUGCUCCUAGUAGAUGAUAUUAUAAAUCGCCUCUCAAGCCUCUACACAAUGCCCCGAUUUUUUUCCGGGGUCUCUUACCGCCCCCUUUAAGCCUGCAGCGCCCACAAGGGGGCGUUAUCGCCCACUUUGGGAAAGACUGCUCUAGAUAAAAUAUGAUGGUUGAGUCUGUAAAGUAUCAUAUUAUGUACUCCCUGGGAACUUUUGGGAGGCGAUGACUUGUAGUCAACUUCGCAGUUCCUCAGCAAGCGAAAGUUCGUGAUCGUUUUCACACCUGUGAUAGUUGCUUUUUCGAAGUUUUAAAUGAUGUCUUUUUAAAUUAUUUACUUUCUGUUUAUUUUCGUAAAGUAGGUAUCUGUUAGUUCUUAUUUAAAGAAGUUGAAAGUGUUAUGUACCUUGAAUUAGAAUAAAUAUUACGUUUUAAAUUUUUGACCUCUUAAUUCCAUGUAAUCAUAGGACAAACAAAUCUUAUACCCUAAGUUACAUAACAUGCAUGUGUCAAUUUGUGCUUGUUAGUCUUCUUGAACAAAGUUAGCUCGCUAUUUGAAAAAAGGAUGCGGUCGUUCUUGUAAUCAUUUGUAAGGUUGUGUGUAUGUAGUUAAACCAGUUAAACUUUGACUGAAGCCGGAGGAUAACACCUCCAAACGAAGCACUGAAAAUUUUAAAUUAUUUGUUUGCCUUAUACCUAUGUCGUAAACAGGUUUUCUAUGAGGGGUUUAAAACUUUAAAUUAUUUAUUCUAGUACAUCUAGUGUAUCACUUUAUCAUGACGUUGAUGAAACGAACACUGGCCGUAACAGCAUAGUACCUACCCUUGAAAAUUUCGAUGAAUUCAUCCAGUGUUUAAGUAGCUCAGAUAGAAAAGCAGUUGCCCGGCAAGCGAAAGGUCGUGGGUUCGAUUCCCGCCUUAGGCAGUUCGAUUUUGUCAAUUUCAAGUUAUUUAUAAUUUUCAGCGUGCUUAGAUGUUUCAUAAGACAAUCUUUCUUUGCCUCUCUUCAACACACAAGAUGUGAACUUGUUGUUGAUCUAUCUUUAAUAAUUAUGUAUAUUGGGUCUUUGUGUCUAUAAAACUAUUUGCUUCUAUUAUCAGGGUGUGGAAUUUUCCCAUACCAUACUUAUUAGAGAUGUUAACUGAUUAAUGUGACUGGAUAUGGUGUAAUAUUGUGGCAAUGCAAUAAAUUAAUUAUUUAAAAAAUACAUCAAUAGUUGCCGUGGAGUUGAUAAGCUUGCAUGAAAAUAAACAGCCAUUAUUAGUAAAUAGGCAAAUUACAUAUAAGCAUUAUAGUUAUCACUUGUAGUGUAGUUGGGGUAUUUUUUUGUUUUAUAAUGGUUCAUUUAGUUAUAUAUAUUUAUGAAUAAAAUAAAUAAAAGAAUUAUAUUAAAUAAA